UCAAUCAUAAUAGAUGUGAACUCUGGCAAGUUGACUAUACAACAGAUGGUUGAAGAUCUUGGAGAUCAUUUACAGAGUACAGAUACAUUGACUAGAGCUAGAGGCACUCUGUUGUUGUCAGAGGUGUUGUGUAGGCUACCUCAGUUGAAGUUGAAUGAGGGUCAGGUACAUUUCCUAUCAAUGUUCUAUUAUGAUCGUCUUAAAGACUUUGCCUGUGCAUCAGAGGUUGUUAAGGGUGUGUUUGGACUGGUGAUCAAUCACAAGGUGCCCUAUCCCAACAAUCAGAAGAUACUACGCGCAAUCUUCCAAGAGGUCCAUCCGACCACUCUAGCCCAAACACAUCGCAAGAUGGUACUUCAGAUCAUUGACUUUAUGUUACUUCAUAACCUUGCUGAGGUACAGGAGCUAAAGGGCGACUUCAUGUCUGGAUUCAUUCAGUUCAUUGACAAUGAGAAGGAUCCAAGGAACCUUAUAUUCACAUUCAUGCUCAUACCAAAGGUGAUAUUGUACAUACCAGAGUACAAGAGCUUCGCAGACUCACUGUUUGAGAUCAUCUCAUGCUACUUCCCAAUAUCAUUCAAUCCAAAGCCAGGUGAUCCAAACGGUAUCACCAAGGAAGCUCUUGUAACUGCAUUGCUUAACUGUUUCUCAGCAUCAACAUUCUUUGCCGAACACUCAAUACCAUUCUUAAUCGAUAAGAUAUGCUCUAAUGUUGUGGAUACAAAGGUUGAAUCAUUGAAGACAUUGACAUAUUGUUGCGAUAAGUAUGGUCCUGUGACCAUCAGACCAUUCCUCGAGGAUAUUUGGAGUACAUUGCGAUCACAGAUACUCACACAAAAGAGUGCCAUUGUCAUUGAGGAGUCCAAGAAGACUAUAUUCUACCUCACGAGGAACAUCUCGUCCGACCCCGAGACCCUUGAGUCCUUCCUCAAGAUGAUCGACAAGGAGUGUCUGCAUCACAUCAAGACAUCUCAAGACUCAAAGAUCGCCGUCAGCUGUGCUUCCAUCCUCUUCCAGACCAUCAGCUCAUGUGUCAAGGCAUCAAGGAUUGUACUGUCGCAUGUACUGCCAGAGCUGAUGGACUUCUUCCAGGAGCUUGCUCUUCAGCUGUCUGAUGAUCCAAUCCACAAGUCGAAUGAACAGUUGUCAGUGGUCGCACUAUUCAAUGAUAUAUUCAAGGCGAACAAUAUCUCAUUCCUACUCCAUCAUCAACAUCAACAUACAAGCGGCGAUGAGAUCAAUCCAAUUGAGAAGUAUGAGGACAGACUUUACAAACUGUUGAUUGGAUUGCUAUCCAACUCAUCAUUGUCAGUGCGUACACUUGCCGUAGACUGUUUGGCAAACCUCUACAUCUCCCAACUCAAGCACAGCUCACCUCCCACAUUCGUCCUGUCACAGGACAAGCGACAGGACAUCAUCAAGAGUCUCAUUGCAUUCCUCAACGACUCUGAUGACAAACAAAGAGAGAAGAGUCUUGAAGCUCUGAUGUCAAUCACAAAGCUUGAGCAAGUGGAGCAGAUGAACAACUAUGCAAUCCCCACACUGCUUCAAAUGAUCAAUGUCAAUCAAUCAAAGAGUGUCAAGGAGAGCAAGCACUACCUUGAAGCUUUCUCAAUGCUCUGCACCCAUCAGCCACUCCUUCAGAGUGUCAUCCCUCAGAUCAAGACUCUGUUGAAUCACAAUAUCAAACAACAAUAUACUUCAGAAGAGGAGUUCCAGAACUGUCUGUUGGUCGUGGAGAACUUGGAACAUACAUUCGCCAAAUCAAUUGAUGAGCAAACAAUGACGUUGUGCUACCGUGAUAUCCUGUUCCCUUUGAUCAAGGAGUUAUUUGAACAAGUCUUGCUUCCAUCCACUACUGGCAGCUCAGGCGCAAACAUUGGACACAACAAUAAGAUAAUGACACCCUCGCUCUCAAUGAUACAUGCAAUCAUUCAGAAUACAUCCAAAGAGCCAUCGAAGCUACAGGCGAUGAAUGCACUUGUGUGGCUGACCAAGGCAUUUGUGACCAAUGGCAAUCCGAUCAACAUCACCCUGGGCAACACACUCGCACAGCUCAUCUCCAACAAACAACAGGACGCACAGAUCUCACAGCUGGCGGCCAAGUCAUUCAACAACAUCCUGGCAGAGGAUCACGAGCUGUUCAGUCAGCAUUCGGGCGCAGUGAUCAAGAUACUGCACAAGCAGAAGUUCUUUGCCAUUAUGUUCCCAACACUGUUGGAAUCAUUCAAAGAGUAUCAGCAAUCAAACAAUGUUGCCAUAUCAUCACAGUACUUGGUGGCCAUUACCAACAUGCUGAGGAAUGUGCCCAAGGAGGUGUUGUUGAGCGAGCUCACCGAGGUGCUACCAAUCGUAUUGCACUCACUUCAGUCGAACCAAGCCGACCUACUCAACUCCAGUCUUCAGACACUGUCCAUGUUGGUGGAGGAGGCGCCAACUUCACUCUCCUCGCACAUCGACUCACUCAUUCCAACACUAAUCAGGAUAUCCACGACUGGCGAGUCAUUGAACUUUAGGAAAUCAAGUCUUGAAGUACUUACCAGGAUAUCAAGGGACAUUGCCUAUCCAAAGAUAUACCCAUUCAGGAAUCAGGUGAUCAAUGGAAUAGUACCAUGUCUGGAUGAUAAGAAGAGAUUGGUUCGUAAGGAGGCCACCAGGUGCAGAAACAGUUGGUUUAUUCUACAAACGAAC